CGUUUCAUCUUUUAGGUUUGACCUGAGCAGGUGUAACUCCUUCAGCCGAACACGGCUGCUGAUGACUAAUUCAGGUGGAGGAGGAACUAAUUAGGUGUCUGAGGCAAUCGGCCGCAGGGACCAAGGUAAAGUUGCAGGACGGAAACUAAACACACAGAUCAGGAGCGAAACAGAGAUGGACACUCAGCAAACGGUCAGAGUCGGAGCUCGACUUCUCUCUCAGAUUCAGGAGGAGUCAGACAGCAGAGAGCAAAGCACCUGUUUCCUGCCUCCCAUCGUCCAGCAGCAGACGGGCAGACCAGGCAGACCCGGUGAACCAGGCAGACCAGGCAGACCCGGUGAACCAGGCAGACCAGGCAGACCCGGUGAACCAGGCAGACCAGGUAGACCCGGUGAACCAGGCAGACCAGGUCCAGCCCAGGUGAAGAGACAGAAAGUGAGGCGAGCGUCUGAACCAGCGUCUCUGGCUCUGUACGACCAGCAGAGGACGAUGGAGGCCGACAGGAGUCUCCUGGAGGAGCUCACCCACAUCGAGGCGGAGCUUCGUGAGUCUCUGCGUCUGGAUGUGGAGCGACAGCAAGAAGCCGAAUUCCUCCGUCAGCAGGAAAACAAGCUGCUGCAGCAGAACCUGUGUUACCUGAGUCUGAGCCAGCGAGUGGCCAAACCGUGGGUCAGCAGCUACUUCAGGAAGUUCCCCAUGCACAUCUACUGCCUGCCCGUCCAGGCUGCCAAUCACAAGGGCAGGAGGCGGAGCCUAAUGAAGAGGCGAUGACGUACAAAUACGUUGAAAAUAUACUGUACAUAUUGCAUUGAGACAUGAACCAGGUUUAUGUAGGUUUGUUGUAAAAAUAAAUUGGGCAAGAAAAUCGUUAAAAUUCUGAGGUGCUACUAGCCUGGUAGCUAGCCCGAACUACGAGAUUUUAGCGGAAGAAAAGUUGUUCAGGAGUCAUUCUGUUCCUGUUUGGGGGCGGAGCUUAAUGUGAUGAUGACCAGAGAGUAAUAGUAGUAACAUAAAAAUAUCACUAAUAUCAACUGAACAAUCUCUAGAAGUCAAAGUGUUACUUUAACGACUUUGUUGCAUUUUUUGUCAUUUUUUGCAAGUUUUAUGUGUCAAGAAACUAAACAAUUAAAAUAUCAAAUGAAAUCUAUGAGCUCUGUUGGGGAUGUCAGGUGCUUCCACUCUGCGAAUUAAUAAAUGAUCCUUAAGUCUUGAAA